AUGGCGGUGGGCCACAGCGCUCUUCCCGCCCCUUCCCGCCGCCGGCCCGGCGUUCCCGGCACGCACCGGGUCGCGGAGGCGAGAUGGCGCUGGAGGCGCGGAGGAUGGAGGGCGACGUGGAGGACGGCGAGCUCUCCGACUCGGACUCCGACAUGCCCGGCGCCGGCUCCCCCGGGGAGCCGCAGCAGAAAUCACUUGAUGGCAAUGAUUCAAACAGACCAUUCCAGAGCAGCAUUUCAUCAUGUGCACCAAGUGUUCUUUAUCGGACAACCAAAAGUGUGGAUUCAAGUGACGAAAGCUUUUCUGAAUCUGAUGAUGACAGCUGUCUCUGGAAACGAAAACGACAGAAGUGUUUCAGCUUUUCUCCUGCUAAAUCUGUGCCUUUUCAGUUUAGCCAGAGCCACCAAAAACAAACUGCUCUAGGUGGCAAGAAGGUCAACAACAUCUGGGGUGUGGUGCUGCAGGAGCAGAAUCAGGAUGCGGUAGCUAACGAACUUGGGAUUCUAGGCAUGGAUGGUAGUAUUGACAGAAGCAGGCAGUCUGAGACUUACAAUUAUUUAUUGGCCAGAAAGCUGAUGAAGGAAGCUAAGCAAAAGGAGGCAGAGACUUUAGAUAAAGAACUGGAUGAAUACAUGCAUGAUGACAAGAAAACAGUGCCAGCUGAAGAAGAAAAUGGGCAAGGCUUUCUCAAACGGAAGCGGGCUGUGAAAGAUAGACUGGGUGAAAGACAAGAAAUGAAAUAUAAAGGAAGAUAUGAGAUAACAGAAGAAGACUCGGAGGAAAAAGUGGCAGAUGAAAUUGCUUUUCGGCUUUGUGAGCCAAAGAAGGAUUUAAUUGGCCGAGUAGUGAAAGUAAUUGGGAAAAGAAAAGCUAUCGAACUGCUUAUGGAAACAGCUGAAGUGGAACAAAAUGGUGGACUGUUCAUAGUGAACGGCAGUAGGAGAAGAACACCAGGGGGCGUUUAUUUAAACCUGCUGAAGAACACACCUAGCAUCAAAGAAGAGCAAAUCAAGGAAAUCUUCUAUCUGGAAAACCAAAAGGAGUAUGAAAACAAAAAAGCUGCUAAGAAGAGGAGAAUACAAGUUCUAGGAAAGAAGAUGAAAAAAGCCAUUAAAGGGCUUAACCUGCAAGAAUAUGAUGAUGCAUCUCGUGAGACUUUUGCUAGCGAUACAAAUGAGGCUCUGGCUUCCCUGGAUGAUCUGCAGGAGGGGCAUCAUGAAGCAAAGAUGGAACCUGAAGAUGUUAUUGAAAUUGAUAACGCUCACGAUUUGGAGAUCUUCUAGUUACUAUGUUCUUGAUAACAAAGUCUCUAUAAAGCAUAUUAAAUGAGCCUUUCUUAUAAUCCUGUGGCUUCUUGUUUUCAUAAGCUGCAGAAACGUGGGAAAUAUUUGAUGCUAAAGAAAAUUACAUAAUUCUUAGCUAAAUUUAGCAGUAUGAAAGGUGUUAAUUUUCCUACUGUUUGUUUGCUGAGUCCUCAAACUCAAUGUUUUUCUAGGUAGCAGCUCUGCAUCACCAUGUUUGUUCCUUAGAAACUUUUUUAUAGCCACGUUAGGUUUAGUAAUUAAGGCAAUGCUUUAAUGAAAUACAUCAUAUUUAAUUUGCUGAAGCUAACAGUCGUCAAGAGGAGCAUUGCUCCUCGUUAGAGUUGGACAGUAAAAACAGUAUAAAGUUAGUCUUGAUAUAAAAGAAAGUGUAUUCUUAACAGGGUAGUAUGUUGGCAAGAAUAGCAGUGUUCAUAGGAUUAAGACCUGUAAAAACAGAUCGGUUUGUGAAAUAAACUUAAUAGUUAAUGACCUCUAAAUAAUAACCUUGUAAAUAAGCACUCUUGAGCAGUGUAUGUUUUGCAUUCUGCAGCAGUUUAAACCUUCGUAUUAUAAUAGUGGUUUUUGCUUCCUGCUUGUUCUGUCUAGGCUUUUCCAUGAUUAGGUGCGCACACGACUUAGAUCUUUUUGUUUGAAAACAAAAAUAUAACUGAAUGCUUUCUGAGAAGUGAGACUUUACUAAUUUGUGUUCCCCUCAGGAGUCUGAAGAUCCUACGUACCUAUAUAUAGGUAUAUGUAUAUAAGUAUAUUUACAUAUAGGUGUGUUUACAUAUACCUAUAAACUCUUAAUUUGCAAUUCUUGUUUCUGUGCUACUUAUGUCUGCUUGCAGAAUUUCUGAAGUUUUUCUAUGUUGACUCUUAAGGAAACAGUAGUAUGCAAAAAUGACUUUUUCACUUUAUGCAGAAGACAGUUGUGUAGUUUGUAAGUUCAAUUAAAGACAACUUUUGUGUUGAGCAUUCUUUUUAAUGUAACUGAGAAACGUGUGACACUGGUAUGUAUGAUGUCUAAAAUACUUUGUCACUAAUAAGUUGUGUUUUCUGUGACUAGAUCCUAUUUCCAUUAUAAAAUAUUUCUGAAAUACUAACAAAUGUAUUUGCUUUCAGAGCCAAUAACAAACACAAAUUUUGUUCACCUGGAGUUCUUGGAUUUCAGAAGCAAAACAUGUCACUAAAACACAUAAUAAAGUUAUAAUAUUGAACAAUUAA